AUGUCUCGGAGAUACGAUAGCCGUACCACAAUCUUCUCGCCUGAAGGUCGUCUUUACCAAGUGGAGUACGCUAUGGAGGCCAUUGGUAACGCCGGUUCUGCGAUUGGAAUCUUAUCCAAAGAUGGUGUUGUGUUGAUCGGUGAGAAGAAAGUUACCUCGAAACUUCUUCAAACCUCGACCUCCACUGAGAAAAUGUACAAGAUCGAUGACCAUGUUGCUUGUGCCGUGGCUGGUAUAAUGUCUGAUGCUAACAUACUCAUCAACACUGCUCGAGUCCAAGCUCAACGCUACACCUUCAUGUACCAAGAACCUAUGCCGGUUGAGCAGCUGGUUCAGUCUCUCUGUGACACCAAACAAGGGUACACACAGUUUGGUGGUCUUCGUCCGUUUGGAGUUUCCUUUCUCUUUGCAGGAUGGGACAAGAACUACGGGUUCCAACUCUACAUGAGUGACCCGAGUGGGAACUAUGGUGGUUGGAAAGCUGCAGCCAUUGGAGCAAACAAUCAGGCUGCUCAGUCUAUUCUGAAACAAGACUACAAGGACGAUGCAACCAGGGAAGAAGCGGUUCAGCUCGCCUUGAAGGUUCUGAGCAAGACCAUGGACAGCACGAGCUUGACAUCUGAGAAGCUAGAGCUUGCUGAGGUGUAUCUAACUCCAUCAGGGACUGUUAAGUACCAUGUCCACUCCCCUGAUUCACUCACCAAGCUGUUGCUGAAACAUGGCGUGACUCAACCCGCUGCUGAAACAUCCUGA